AUGUUUACUGUUCUGCUCUUUCUUGUCUUUGUACAUGGUCUUAAUGGUCUCUCCUGUGUUGAUUCUGUACAUUCUUUUCGAGUACCUCGAAAGAAUUUUGAAUGGAACACUUUUACAUCAGACACGAUCGAAGCAAAUUUUCAAUCACAAUCGGGGGAUGAUAACAGUGUUUGUCAUGUUACUAUCAUUGUUGAAUACAAUAUUCAAGGAGAUGAUUACGUGAAUAUCACCUAUGAUGAGCCUGCAAGUGAUACUUGUGAUUAUAUGGAAUUUGGAACAACGUUCACAUUAGAAAACGAUCAACAAUCGAUGGUGAGCUACAUUGACUAUGUAUGUUCGUCACAUGAUUUUUGUGAACAUACAUUUGUCAAACAAUGGGUCAAACGAUUGCUCGGUACCGAUGAUAAUUCUUUACAUACAGCCAUUACAUAUCUACUGUCAAAUUCUUCUGAAUCAACGAAAUGUUAUUGGAAACAUGCAACAUCUGAUUGUGCAAGUCACAUGUGCUUUGCACUUUACGAUGAAUUGAAAAAUAUUCCUUUGAACAAUGGUAGUUGUCUCGAAAAUCGAUCAUUAGGUUCAAUAUAUAUCUAUGUGAAAAUAAAACAGAUCGAAUCUGUACACAGCUUACCAAUUGAAUUCGAAUACAAGUGCAAAAAAAACAAAUUUACUCAAGAACUAUUCUAUGACUUCGCAGAUCAUCAACGUUUCGAUGAUAGUAUACGCAGUUUGUCUUGUUCGCGUCAAAAUUUUACCAGUACACCAGCUAACCUUCGUUCAACAAAUUUUUCAUUUACUCUAAUUGAAUUAGAUAAAGAGAUUAAAUCAUUCUUGGAUAAUAUCAAUCGUUGUGACAUCUACAUGGAAGCCGACUAUCGUCAGCAUGACGGUCAUCUUACUGGUAUCAAAUUAUUAACAGUAAAUGCUCAAAUGAAAUUGAAUCGAAUAAGUCAAUCGUCAACAACAACGACCACAAUGGAAACAUCUACUGAUCCAAUAUUUUUUUAA